AUCUCCAUUUUCAUUAUCUGCGGCGGUUACCCUGAGAAAAUCCAUUUUCCUUCCAUCCCAUCGUCUUCUUCCUCAAGAUGCCUCCAAAGUUCGACCCCGCACAGGUUGUGGACGUCUAUGUCCGUGUUACCGGAGGAGAAGUAGGUGCCGCCAGUUCUCUCGCGCCUAAAAUUGGACCUCUAGGUCUAUCUCCAAAGAAGAUCGGAGAAGACAUUGCGAAAGAGACGGCUAGGGAUUGGAAGGGUCUCCGAGUGACUGUCAAGCUUACUGUUCAGAAUCGUCAAGCUAAGGUAUCUGUUGUCCCUUCCGCUGCUGCUCUUGUUAUCAAGGCUUUGAAGGAACCUGAGAGAGACCGUAAGAAGACUAAGAACAUCAAGCACAAUGGAAACAUCUCUCUUGAUGAUGUUAUCGAAAUCGCUAAGGUAAUGCAGCCGAGAUCUAUGGCUAAGGAUCUUUCAGGUACUAUUAAGGAGAUUCUUGGAACUUGCGUGUCUGUUGGAUGCACUGUUGAUGGGAAGGAUCCAAAGGAUUUGCAACAGGAGAUCAAUGAUGGAGAUGUUGAGGUUCCUCUUGAAUGAAUCUCUAUUUGAAUACCUCCAUUUUUUUACUUUUGUAUUGUCUGACUUUGUUUUUUUAAAUCAUCUUAUGUUUGAUUGAGAUUUCUAGAAUUGUUAUAUGUGUUGAACCUGCUUUGAUGCUUUCAUCACAAACUUUAUUAGUAUUUAUCAUAAGAAAAAGUUUCAUAAUUGGCUUGA